CAGCAGCCCUCAGCAGCACCCGAGACUCUGCCCCAGACCACCGCCUUACAUCACCAAAACACUACUACUACUACGACUACUACUACUAGUACUACACUAGCCGGCGUGCUGACCCUAGUGACCUGUUUUACCUCCUGACCUCAUAAGUGCCAAGCCCCGCCCUACCUAGGAUGCUAUCGUGCCGCCUGCUGGGUCACGCUGGGUCAUCCCGGGUCCUACACGGCCUGGGGUCACGCUACAUUGGCUGUGUGACCUCCUGCAGGACCCUCAACACGUCCCCGAAGGAUACCUCAGCGCAGGCCCAGGUCCAGCAGGUGUCCGAGGAGGGCCAUGGCGACUCUGCCCCCACAGCUGUCAAGGGGAAGGUCAAGCCUGUGCGUCCACCAUUCAUCAAGGAGCUGUUCAUGGGGAGGUUUGACAAGAGCGUGCUGGAGUUCCCCGAGGUGCUGGACCAGGAGCAACAUGAACUCCUGCACGAGAUGGUCGCGCCGAUCGAAAAGUUCUUCAAUGAGCAAGUGGACUACGCCAAAAUAGACCGAGAAGCUAAGAUCCCCCCCGAGACUCUGGAUGGGCUGAAGGAGCUGGGUCUGUAUGGCAUGCAGAUCCCCGAGGAGUACGGUGGUCUGGGUCUGGGCGCCACGGAGUACGCGCGCAUCGCUGAGAUCACGGCACUGGAUGGCUCCAUUGCGGUGACCCUGGCGGCACAUCAGGCUAUAGGGCUCAAGGGCUUGUUGAUCUGUGGCACCGAUGCUCAGAAGGCCCAGUACCUGCCUCGACUGGCCUGCGGGGAGUGGACGGCUGCCUUCUGCCUGACUGAGCCUGGUAGUGGGUCAGACGCUGCUUCCAUUAAGACCCGCGCCACGCUGGCUGACGACGGCAAGACCUGGCUCAUCAACGGCAGCAAGAUAUGGAUUUCCAACGGUGGAUACGCAGACCUCAUGACAGUGUUCGCUAAGACAGAGGAGGUUCAACCCAAUGGAGAGAAGGUGGAGAAAGUGACGGCCUUCAUUGUGGAGCGCGGAUUUGGGGGUGUGACCAGCGGACCACCAGAGGACAAACUGGGCAUUAGGGGCUCAAACACUACUGAGGUGUUCUUCGACAACACUCCGGUGCCUGCCGAAAAUGUCCUUGGCGAGGUUGGCGGCGGCUUCAAGGUUGCCAUGAAUAUCCUAAACUCUGGCCGCUUCUCCAUGGGCAGCUCGGGGGCAGGCAUCUUGAAGCACCUGCUGGCAUGGACCGUGGAGCACGCCGUCCAGCGCAAGCAGUUUGGUCACCAGCUGAAGGACUUUGCACUCAUCAAGCAGAAGUUUGCCGGCAUGGCCCUCACGAUCUAUGCUAUGGAGUCAAUGGCAUACCUCACCGCUGGCAUGCUGGAUGGCAGACAGAACCCAGACUGCUCUGUUGAGGCUGCCAUAGUUAAGGUCUUCAGUUCUGAGGGGGCCUACAAGUGGUCCUCCGAGUGCCUACAGAUCCUUGGGGGUCUGGGCUACAUGAAGUCCUACCCCUAUGAGCGGUACCUCAGGGACUCUCGCAUCCUGCUCAUCUUCGAGGGUACCAACGAGAUCCUACGACUCUUCAUUGCCUUCAGCGGCCUUCAGAGUGCAGGCGUAGAGCUCCGCAAUGUUGUCCAGAAGCUGCGUAACCCCUUCAUGAACCCCGGCUUCAUCAUCGGCAAGGGCAUUGAGCGGUUCAGGCACCAGAAGAACAACCCCAAACUAGACCUGGACUUGGCCGGACACCUCCACCCCACGCUGCAGCCCUGCGCAGAGCAGCUGGAAUACUGCGUCAAGAGGUUCCAGUACUGUGUGGAGACUGUGCUGGGGAGAUACGGUCAAGAGGUCGUGUCUCCAAAGAACCAGCUGGAGGUCGCCCGCCUGGCUGACUGUGCCAUUGACCUCUACGCCAUGACGGCCGUCCUCUCCAGGGCCUCGCGCGCCUACUGCAUCGGCCUCAAGAACGCACAGCACGAGAUCCUGCUGGCGGCCACGUUCUGCGAGGAGGCCACAACACGCAUCAAGGUGCUGGUCAAGGCCAUCGAGGACGGGCCGGCCAACAACAAUGACAACGUUCACAUCAAGAUCUCCGACGCCUUGGUGGAGAACAGAGGCUACAUGGCGGAACAUCCACUCACCCGCACCUU